CUGCAGUAGUUAGAGUAGAUAAAAAGGGCAGUGUCCAGCUUGCAAGCAAUUCAGAGGGCUCGUACAUUCUUCUGUCUGCCACAAGACUGCUGCUCUUUUUCUUGUAGAAGCACUCCACGAUGUCAACCAAGAUGCCAUUCGCACCUUCCUUACCCUCCAAUGUCAGCUACAGCCGGGUCAGCACUGCUGGCAGUUAUCAUUCCCCUGGCUUCUCCAGUAUGUCCAUGGGAGCUGCACCUGUCUCGCGUACCAGAUAUAACGUAGUGGGCUCAGCUCGUGGCGGUGGGUUGGGUGCUGGUGGAGCCACUUCUGGUUAUGGCUUCAGCACUAGCGGAGGGCUUGGUAUGGGAGGUAUUGCCGCCGGGAUGGGUUCCUUUGGAGCUAGCGGCGCAGGAGGCUACGGAAGCUCAGUAGCGUAUCUACCCAUCACUAAUGUGACCGUGAACAAACAACUUUUGGCUCCCCUCGACUUGGCAGUAGACCCUACUUUUGGAGUUGUCCGACGAGAAGAGAAGGAACAAAUCAAAACACUGAACAACAAAUUUGCCGGUUUUAUUGAGAAGGUCCGUCUGCUAGAGCAGCAGAAUAAGAUGCUGACAGUGAAAUGGGAAUUGUUACAGAAUCAGCAGCACGGUGGUGCUCCUGGUGGAAUGAACCUCAACAGCAUGUAUGAGGCCUACAUCUCCAACCUGAGACGACAGCUGGAUGGUCAUGGCAAUGACAAAAGCAGACUCGAAUCAGAGCUCAAAAACAUGCAGGGCCAAGUGGAGGAUUUCAAAAACAGAUAUGAAGAUGAAAUCAACAGGCGCACUACCCUGGAGAAUGAAUUUGUUGUCUUAAAGAAGGAUGUGGAUGCUGCAUACUUGGCCAAGGUAGAACUUGAAGCAAAAAGGGACGCCCUUCAAGACGAGCUCAACUUCUUGAGGACUCUGUAUGAAGCGGAACUUCAGCAAUUCCACACACAAGUACAGGACGUCACAGCCAUUGUGCAAAUGGACAACAACCGUCAGCUUGAUCUGGACAACCUCAUUUCCGAGGUCAAACUGCAGUAUGAGGAGAUGGCCAACAAGAGCAGAGCUGAAGCUGAGGCAUUUUACCAGCAAAAGUAUGAAGAAUUGGCAAGCUCUGCAGGACAGUAUGGAGAGGACCUUCGUGUCACAAAGACAGAGAUUGCAGAAAUGACGAGAAUGAUUUCAAGACUAACUAAUGAAAUUGAAAGCCUAAAGAACCAGCGAGCAUCGCUGGAGGCUGCCAUCACAGAAGCUGAAGAACGAGGUGAGCUCUCUCUUAAAGAUGCCCGCGAUAAGAAGGCAGAGUUAGAAGCUGCCCUACAGCGGGCCAAGCAGGACAUGGCCCGACUUGUACAUGAUUACCAGGAGCUCAUGAAUGCCAAACUGGGUCUGGACAUUGAGAUAGCCUGCUAUAGGAAGCUUCUGGAGGGAGAGGAGAUCAGGCUGAGUGGACAAGGCAGUGGACAGGCCACAGUCUUGGUGCAGUCAAUGACUAGUGGUACCAGUAGUGCAGCUGCUGCAGGCGGAGGCUUCGGAGGAAGCAAUGUAGCUUUUGGACUUGCAAGUGGUGCCGGCCGACAGGGUUUCAGUGGAGGAAAUUCCAGCUUUGGUUUUGGAGGUUCAGUCCAUGGAAGUUCAGCCAUCACAAAAGUUUCAUCUGUAAGAACAGAAACAGCCAGAAUGAUUAGAUGAACCCAGUCUUUGGGAAGACCCAGUCACGUUUGUGGUUUGCCAAUAUUGUACUGCCUACUGACUGUAAACAAGCCAUCAGUAUGGUGAUGAUAACUGUCAUUAACAGAGAUUAUUAACUUCUUUAUGUGCUCUUUUUUGUUAUCCGAGAGCAUUUGUUAGAUGCUGCAAUACUUAGAAAAAAAAUCACAUCAAUGAAGCAUCACAAUUAGGAACUGAAACCAAUUACAUGAGAAUAGUUUUGCUGGACAGCAUUUAAGGUAUUUCAGGCAGCCUUUUACAAACUGAAAAUAACAGGUCAGUUAUUUACUGCAUUGUACACCAUCUCUGAAUGGCCUUUACUGUUAGUAAGCAGUCUUUGCUGUAAUAUGGCUGUUCUUUGCUUCAUAAACACCUCCCUUUAUUCAAACUAUUCCAUAUUAUUUUUGUAAAGCUGAUCUUAUAUUAUGAGCUUUUGCAAAAUACUAACUGAACGUAUUCCUUCUGCAAUAUGUGAACAACUUUUGAAUCGAUACGGAAUAAAUCUAGAUUUGUAUGCUGUUUAAAUUGAAUCAUGUAUCACUAGUAGAUUUUUCUGUCUUAUGUUUUUUUUUUUUACCAGAACAAUAAAUAAAGUAACUUUUGACCAAGUCAAAAUGAUAAAGAGUUA